CUAUACAUUAUAUCUUUAAAAAAUUUAAAUAGGUUCUUGAUAUAUAAUAUAGAUAGAGUAAUAAUAUACUGACAGUACCUAACGUAAGGCAAAAAAAUGAAUAUAAAAGAGAAGGAAAAAAUGAACAUAAGAAAAUAAUAUUGUUUAUAAAAUUAUUAAUUGCUAUGUUGUUUUCUUAACUUAAAUUAAUUUGUAUAGAUAGAUUAUAAUUUAAUAAACAAAAAAUAGAACAAUGCGUUUGUUUACAAGUAUUGACGGAGUUUUAUGGCUUGCAUUAUUGUUUGUGAUUUUUGCUCAGACCAAUUGCAAUAGAAUUUGUGAUUUUAAGGUGAGACUGACACAAACACUGCACAAUGAAGGAUUUCACAGAAACUUGACCUACUAUAUAGAAUACACAUCACAGGAUAAAAUUAAUCCUUAUAAUGGGUGCUCCGUUGGUCUGGAGGUGGUGCUGCCACCUGGUGUGUAUGCCAGUCCUGAUCAACUGGCCAGCAUUAAAUCUAAGAGUAUAGCAGUGUUCAAAACCAAUGUCAACACAGAGUCAGCUGCACAUGAGGCGGACAUAGUGAUUGUGCAUCUGCUGGGCACAGUUUAUGAGGGUGUAGCCGAGCUAUCAUUACCGGUGCAUGCGCGUUACCAUUCGGCUGUCGACGAAGGCACUGCGGCAACAGUGGUGAUAUUGCCACCUCGAGCCUAUCUCAACUGUGGGGUGAACUCCCUGGAAAGAUGCGAGGAGCCGCCGCGGGAGACACCAGCCGUCAACCACUUCUGUGCUCACGUCCCUCAGCAGAGAUGCCCCUGGAGGGAGACACCUCUAGAUAUGAGCUCUGGGCCGCUGCGAUGGUCGGUGCCUGUGGGUGACUCGGGUCAUCUGCCACUGGUUGCUUCUGUGAGCGCUGCUGUCGCCGCACUAGGCUCGUUCUACCUUCUGUACGUGAUACACUGCGUGACAAUUCGCCUAAGAACCGCACGUGCCGAUAAGAAGAAAUAGCCAAUGAAUCGAAGUGUAGUGUCGAAAUAGCGAAUUUCGGUCAAUGACCCGCACAAAGUAUCAUGGGUUUUGCCAUAAAUACUGAAACAAAGAAAAAAAAAAUCUAGAGCAAAUAACAUUUAUUACUUUUACACUGUGUUAGUUUAAUAUAUAAAUAUCAAACAAUUUAAAAUAUUCAAAAGCUCGAAGUGGUCUCCAUUGGCUGCAAUACAGUCAUUUAAACGUUGAGGCCAGUUAUCAAUAGAAGCAUGCGCUCUUUGGGAAAUUUCUUCACUGCCAAUCGUACGGAUUGUUUUAGGGUCUCCAAAUUAUCAUGGGGUUUAGGGCAAGCCAUACUCUCCAAAACUCGAAAACUGACCAUAAAUCAUACAAUCAGCACUCUGUCGACUAAUUGGCAAGCUUCCUUAGACAAAAUAACGAUGCUUUGAGCAUAAAUAAGGUAUUUUGUUUAUUAAAAUGUUGGUCAAUUGUAAAAAAAAUCUCAUCCGUAAACAAAUUUACAUUAAUUUUAUUUUAAAGGCUGCAAGUACCUAAGUCAUCUUUUAAGAUACGCGACAUGUUUUAGGUUCUAUGCUCAUUUCCCAAGAUAAAAUCUCUUGCUUUGACAGGAUUUCUUCGAAUUCUUUUCCUUACUGCUUUGACCACCUUUUUUUCGUACGAACACUAUGUAAAAUGCCAGAUCUUCUGUCACAAACAGAGGAGGUCUCAUUGUACCUAUUAAUAGCCCGGUACACAAACAUUUUACUAAUACCAAGCGUAUGGAGAGUUUUAAAUAUUGCAUUUGGCUCUAUACCUACUUUGUGUAAUGCAAUCACAGCGAUUCGGUUCUCUUUACCACCCCACUCCAUUUUAAUAUCGCAAAAUAUCGUACAAUGUAUUGGCGCCAAAAUGAGAAAACUCAAUGAACAAUGUUAAUAUAAAAAUGACAGAUUCCAAAUUCAAAUAUAAUAGUUUGUUUAUUUUCAAUUGUAACAGUAUUUAUGGCCAGACUAAGUAUAGAUAUGGGGAAGGGCUGUUCCACGGUCUCGUUAAAUAUUUUUAUUGAAGAUAUUCGUUUGGCGCGUGAGGAUAUAAUUAGCAGAGUGAAUUUUUCCCAUGUAUCCCACCGUCAUGCAAAUUCGACACCUUGAGGUUAGCUGUUCAACGAGACCAUUUGUAUCAUACUUCAGCUACUAAGCCACUUAACGUUACUCAUAUGUCUACUGACCCACAACCAAUGGACAAGAAUUAAAUAAAUUUCAAUUUAUGUACAUGUUUUUAAAUAAAAGAAAUAAUAUCACUCUAAUUGUAUAAAGAUAAUGUCAUGAUCACGGACUAGUAAAAAAAGAAGGACUCCGCGCCGUGAUAUUAGCAAGUGAAGCACCUUUAUGCUAGUUUGUGUGCGGUUACGGGGUAUACCAGAUAUACAAUUUUUUCUCCCUUAAAUAAUCAUAUAUCCACAAAUACUUUUAUAGUAUUGUUUUUACACUUUUCCAAAACGCACGACGGCAUUUUUAAAAUAUUUUAUUGCGACGCAAACUGAUCUGUCACAGACGAUGGCAAAUCUCAUAAUGGCACGAACGGCUUAUAUUAGUAUAAGUGUAUGCGUGGGGCUAUGUAUUUACACGUUUACCGGCUUGUUUUGGUGCCUCACUGUUAUGUAAGGUGACAUGGAGUCCUUCUUAUUUUACUCGUCCGUGGUCAUGAUACGUUAUUUACUACAGUACACGUUAUUUAACUAAAUUAUGCGGUAUGUAUCGAUAUUCUCAUUAAUUGUUACGUUCAGAACGUGAGGAACAUUAAAAGAUAUAAUUGAGAUUAUAACCUGACCAAUUCUCAAACAUUUUUUUUGGUUUAAAAUAAUCAGCAUUAAAUAGACAAGUCACACGGCUCAAAUGAUCUCAUAAUUUAUUUAUAUGAACACAUUUGAAAUAUUUCUUAAUUAUAACAGUAGUUAUGUUGAUUUUAUGUAAGUUUUAUGCUAAUUUAUAACCAACUUUUGUUGUACAGAAAUAAAUAUUGUUUUGUCAAUAA